UUUAAUAUAAUUAAAUAAUAAUUUAUCCCGUGGAGGACAGGCCCUUAGAAUUCUAAUAUAUGUGAGUUGACUUCAGUAUAACUGGAUAUGAGCCUUUCCUCUUUCUUCUCCACCUACAAGCAAAAGUGUUUGUGAAUUUGUUUCUUCAGGUGUGAUGGCAGCUACUAUCAAGCAGAUGUCCAUCAUUGUGGCAACGCUUGGAACAUUGUCCUUCAUGUUUGGAGUAAUUGCUGAAAAUAAGAAGCCAGAUUCUGGAACUGCAACUCUACGGGAAGGUGUUGUAAUUUGCAAAUAUUCGUCGGAUCCUACUGUUGUCUUGGGGUAUCUGUCAGUUGCGUUUCUAGUUGCAUCUACUGUGGCUGGGUAUUUGUCUCUAUUUUACCCGUACAAAGGAAGAUCUAUUCCACAAGCUGCUUUGUUUCGAAGCACCAGCUUCCUUGUAUUCUUCAAUAUCGCUUUGGGUAUGGCUGGAUUGGCAGCAGCAAUGUUGUUAUGGCCAACAAUCACAGAGCAACUUCACUUGAUACGCAACGUUCAUCACAACCUGAACACUACAUGCCCCACUGCCAAGACUGGUCUCCUUGGUGGCGGUGCCUUCAUAGCCCUCGAUGCUUCCCUCUUCUGGUUGGUUUCCCUAAUGUUAGCUGACAAUGUGCGAGAGGACUACUUUGAAACAGUGGAAAAGGACCCUAAGGGUGAACAAAGCGAGGUUCUCACAAAUGAAUAUAGUUCAAAUGUACCUGUAAAGGGCAUUGCUUAAAAUGUCCCCAAUCCUGAUGGCCAUAACAACUUAUGUCUUCUUUCUGUUUGGGUUGGAAACGUUUCCUUCACAUAUUAUUAGUAUACUUCCCACUUAUUAGCAAUGAAGCAACUUAUGUAAUGGACCUCAAAUGUUUCGAAAUAUCUUUGUUUUGUUCA